CCGGGGGGGGCGGGGGCGUUCCGCCAUUUAACCUUUGAACUCACAGGGCCUCCCUCCUUUUCCGGUUUCGUCUGAGCAAGAAAGCCAAGAUGGUGCAGCGCCUCACUUACCGCCGUAGGCUGUCCUACAACACGGCCUCCAACAAAACGAGGCUGUCAAAGACCCCCGGUGGCCGGCUGGUGUACCUGUACAUGAAGAAGGUUGGCAAGGCCCCCAAGUCUGCGUGUGGACUGUGCCCCGGCCGGCUGCGUGGAGUGAAGGCGGUGAGGCCGGCUGUGCUCAAGAGGUUGUCAAAGACCAAGAAGCACGUUUCCAGGGCUUACGGAGGCUCCAUGUGCGCCAAGUGCGUCCGCGACAGAAUCAAGCGCGCCUUCCUGAUUGAGGAACAGAAGAUCGUUGUCAAGGUGCUGAAGGCCCAGACCCAGAAGCCCAAGUGAAAUGCAGACCGGUUAACGUGAUGUUUUGAAACAAUAAACCCCUUGGACUUCA